AACAAUAACCAAUCAGCUGACCCAGAGGUUUCAGCCAAUCAGAGGCAGUGAUGAGGCACAGCAGUGGUGACGCGAGGACAUGGGGCGGGGCUAAGUUGCCCGGUAACAGCUCAAACAGUCCGUUGAUAGGAUGGCGUCGCGGUUACAAAAGGGCAUGAAGUCUAAAACGAGCAGCGCGAUGGUGGUCACCGCCGUUGCCUUUCAGGACCACAUCACUCGGAGCCUGCUGCAUUCAAACUUCUCAUUAUCUGACCCUUUGUGGAGAUGCAACAGAAAAGCCCCCAGAAAACAACAAUCAGGAGAAAACGUGGAGGAGGAGGAGGAGGAGAUGGGUUUCCAGAGGCAGGAGAGGCAAGAUGAGCGUGAAUACGUGCUCGAUCCUGCUCCAUCUCCUUUAACAUUGGCUCAGAAGAUGGGUCUGGUGGCUUCCCCGGCAGAGAGGCUGAUGGAGGCAGAGUGGACGCGGGUCAAGGCGAGGUCUGUUGAGCAGGGGGAGUCUGCUCAACCCUGUGCAAUAUGCAGGGAGGAGUUCCGCCUGCAGCCUCAGGUGUUGCUGUCCUGCUCCCAUGUUUUCCACAAAGCGUGUCUGCAGGCCUUUGAGAGGUUCUCGGGGAGGAAGCGGUGUCCCGUGUGCAGACGGGAGCAGUAUGAGACACGCGUGAUCCAUGACGCAGCCCGUCUCUUCAGACACCAGUGUGCCACCAGAAUUCAAGCAUGCUGGCGAGGCCACGUUGCCCGUAAGUGGUACAGACACGUGAGGAAAACAAUCUGCCCAAAGGACAAACGGCUGCGACGCAGAUUCUUCGAAGCAAAGUUGCAGGAGUUGAAUGACAGCUUUGUCCGACACUGUCACACCAACAUGGAGGCUUUUCUGAGUGAUAUCGACCGCUCCCUGUCAUCAAGCAGACGAGUGUUCCAGCAGCUGGAGAGAAAGAGCGUCGCCGAGCCACGGGAAAACGACUGGGACAGAAUACAGAGGCAGGUGAUCCAGAGAGGUGUGCUGGACUGCCCCAUCUGCCUGACGGCACUGUGCAGCCAGGACCUGCCAACAGAAGCCGCUCAGUCCAACCGUCAGCAGCGAAGACGAACCGUGCUGCUGUCGUGCUCUCACCUCUUUCACCAGCUCUGUUUGGAGGCGUUCGAGUCAUUUACAGCAGACAGCAGACCUUCAUGUCCCCUCUGCAGAUCUGUCUACUACAAAAAAGUCAUCUGAAGCAGACUCCAAGAAGAAAUAUGCAAAUGGCAUCAGGAUGAAGAGGCAAAGGUUGGAGAACAGUGACACCAGGUUCCACAGACCUGCAUAAAAACAACCAUGAGUAUGUGCACAUUACAUACAGUAUUAUAAAUCAAUAAUUACAUUUUUGAUAUCACAAUGUGAUUUUUUUUUUAGAUUCAGGGGCCACAAAAACAUUUUCCCAGAUUUUUCCCUUCAUUACUAUCGUACAAUAGUUGUAAGUGAGGCGUAACACAGGGUUUUACACACUGGUUCUAUCUGCCAAGGGCCUCUCUGAAAAGUCUCUGAUGCCCCCUGGUGGACGAUACAACACACAACAUCCUUUGUUACUGGAUUAGACAUACAAAGACUUUUCCACCUGGUUAUUUAAUACAUGUUCUGUGUAUUUACAAAAUGCUUAAAUUACAUUUUUGAAAUUCAAAAUUUAAAAAGAAAUUGUCUUUUUCAAUCCUGAUUACUAACAACAGUGACAAUAACACAUGGGUUCUAUUGAAACGUUUAUUGGGCGUCUGUUUGUAAAACUAAGAGACAAAAAAUGUAUUAACCAACAUUAAAGUCAAGCAGGUUCAACAAGUUUACACACCUCAUCUACUCUUUUAAUCCAGUUUUUGUAGAUUAAAUUAAGAAACCAAAAGUGUGAUACUGCGAUAGUGUAUCACUCCUUAACAGAAUUAUUAUAUCAACAAUAUAAAAACAAAAAACAUAAAUAUAUGUAUGAGGGGUCAGUGAUGGAUUUCCAAAUGUUAACUUGUGUUUUUAUACAAAACAUCUAUUUAAAACAUGAAAUGAGUGAGCACUAGUCACACCUUUGUUCACCAUGUUAAUCAAUAGCAGGUUGAAAUAAGUUAAAAAAAAAAAGUGUUAAAACAAUUAAUUCUAUUGAAUGUGAAACUUCAUAUGUUUGAGG